AUUGUGGGAUCGCUCUCCGUGUUUGCCACAGUUGAUCAAGAUGGCCGUGAAUAUUUUGUGGAGGGGUUGGAGUUGAAUACACGCCGCACCCGAGCGAUUGUGAUGUUGAAAGACCAGAUUCUUUCGUCUGCAUCAGAACAUCUUCAGAAGAUUGCUACCUGACCACCUUUUGGUCUCUUUGAGUUCAGAGCUGAAGAAGAGUGUGAUAUUGGAAACUUUAAGCAAGUCUAAUGAAGCGAGCGGCUGCAAAGCAUUUAAUUGAGCGCUACUACCACCAGUUAACAGAGGGCUGUGGAAAUGAGGCCUGCACGAAUGAGGCUUGUGGCUCUUCUCCGGGUUUCCAGCGCAUGGAUAACAAUGCAGCGGCCAUCAAGGCCCUGGAGUUAUAUAAGAAUAAUGCCAAACUGUGUGAUCCUCAUCCCUCGAAGAAAGGAGCCAGUUCAGCCUUCCCGGAGAACAGUGCCAAAGGAGCCCUCAACUUCUCUGCUUGCAGCAACGGGAAGAUGAACCACAAGGACCUACAACCCGCAAGGGAGGACUUUAGAGAUCUGAAUUUCCUGACGGAGGAGAAGGUGUAUGAAAUCCUGAGCCUCUGCGGUGAGACUGAGGACUAUUCUCCUCUAAUUCGUGUCAUCGGUAGGGUUUUCUCAAGCGCGGAGAGUCUGGUCCAGAGUUUCCGCAAGGCGAAGCAACAUACCAAGGAAGAGCUCAAGUCCCUUCAGGCCAAGGAUGAGGACAAAGAUGAAGAUGAGAAAGAAACGGCCUCUGGUUCGUCCACAGCGAUGGAGGUGGAACCCGAAGCCUCAGCGUCAAGUGGAGACGGACCAUCUCACGGGGAGAACAACGUCCAAAAAUUUGAUCCUGUAGAAGUUUCUGUAGACAUUGAUGCAGUUAGAAGAGUGUACGACAGACUAUUAUCGAACGAGAAGAUUGAAGCAGCAUUCCUCAACGCGUUAGUCUACCUGUCGCCCAACGUAGAGUGUGACCUCACCUAUCACAACGUGUACGCCACCGACCCUAAUUAUCUGAACGUCUUCAUAAUCGUCAUGGAGAACAGUAACCUCCACAGUCCAGAAUACUUAGAAAUAGCAUUGCCGCAAUUCUGCAAGGCAAUGAGCAAGCUACCUCUUCCGGCUCUGGCUAAGCUUGCGUGGUUGUGGUCGCAGUACGGCACAGACCAGAUCCGACGUCUUGUCGAGACUUUCCAGCAGCUUAUUACCUACACAGUCAUCAGCAACGAGUUCAGCAGUGAAAACCUUGUCAACGAGGAUGAUGGAGUGGUGGCAGCCACCAAGUGCUUGAAAAUCGUAUACUAUGCAAACGUGUUGGGAGGCGACCUAGACACGGGUCACAACGAGGAGGAGGACGACGAGCCGAUCCCGGAGUCGAGUGAGUUGACUCUGCAGGAGCUGCUGGGCGAGGAGCGACGCAAUAAAAAAGGCCCUCGGGUGGAUCCGCUGGAGACUGAACUAGGCAUUCGUGCCUCGGACUGUCGAAAACCCCUCAUCCCCUUCGAGGAGUUCAUCAAUGAACCACUCAAUGAUGUGCUGGAAAUGGACAAAGACUACACUUUCUUCAAAGUGGAGACCGAGAGCAAGUUCUCCUUUAUGACCUGCCCGUUCAUUCUUAACCCUGUGACUAAGAACCUUGGCCUCUACUAUGACAACCGGAUCCGCAUGUACAGCGAGCGCAGGAUUACUGCCCUCUACAGUUUGGUGCAGGGACAACAGCUGAACCCCUAUCUGCGCCUCAAAGUGCGCAGAGACCACGUCAUUGAUGAUGCUCUUGUCAGGUUGGAGAUGAUUGCCAUGGAAAACCCAGCAGACCUGAAGAAGCAGCUGUAUGUGGAGUUUGAGGGUGAGCAAGGAGUGGAUGAAGGAGGAGUAUCCAAAGAGUUCUUUCAACUGGUCGUAGAGGAGAUCUUUAACCCAGACAUAGGCAUGUUUACCUAUGAUGAAAGCACAAAGCUUUUCUGGUUCAACCCUUCAUCGUUUGAAAAUGAAGGCCAAUUCACCUUGAUAGGCAUCGUCCUGGGCCUAGCUAUCUACAAUAAUUGCAUUCUCGAUGUGCACUUCCCUAUGGUGGUUUACAGAAAAUUAAUGGGAAAGAAAGGAACGUUUCGAGACCUUGCAGACUCGCAUCCGGUUCUUUAUCAGAGUCUGACGGACCUGCUGGAAUAUGAAGGUAAUGUGGAAGAAGACAUGAUGAUUACCUUCCAGAUCUCACAAACAGACCUGUUUGGAAACCCACUAAUGUAUGAUUUAAAGGAAAGCGGUGAUAAAAUCCCAGUUACCAAUGAGAACAGAAAGGAUUUUGUGGCACUCUAUGCAGAGUACAUGCUGAACAAAAGUGUGGAGAAACAGUUCAAGGCCUUCAGAAGAGGAUUCCACAUGGUCACUAAUGAGUCUCCACUGAAGUAUCUGUUUCGAUCAGAGGAAAUUGAGCUGCUUAUAUGUGGCAGCAGGAAUCUAGACUUCCAAGCACUUGAAGAGAGUACAGAAUAUGAUGGAGGAUACAACAAAGACUGUCGCAUUAUUAAGGAUUUCUGGGAGACGGUGCACUCAUUUGGACAAGAGCAGAAGAGGCUAUUUCUUCAGUUCACCACUGGCACAGAUAGAGCUCCAGUUGGAGGUUUAGGAAAACUCAAGAUGAUUAUUGCCAAAAAUGGCCCUGACUCAGACAGGUUACCCACCUCUCAUACUUGCUUCAACGUGCUGCUUCUCCCCGAAUACUCCACCAUAGAGAAACUUAGAGAGAGACUCCUAAAAGCCAUCACUUACGCCAAAGGCUUCGGCAUGCUCUGAGGCUCCAGGAUCUGCAAAAGGACUCACUCGCCCUCAGAGGUUUCAUUUGUGCGUCGAAGGAGAAUUCAUCUACAGCGACAACUAAAAGUAAAUAUCAAGUUAAAAUGUAAGGCAACGUGAAAUGGAUUAAAAUGGGGAAGUUAUGGUGGCCGUGUGCCUGUGCCUAAAUAGUUGAUUAAACCACACUGGACUCCUGGCUCUCUCUCCCUCUUAUGUAAGUGUUAAGGUUCCCUUUUUGUAUGCACUGAGAUAUUGCGUUAUUUAUUUUAAGGGAUGAAAUCUCUUCUGUCUUGUCUGCCAGGAAAUCCACUCACUUUUUGCUUUCGUAGUCAUAAAAAAAGGAGGGACGGUUAGUUUUCAACACCUGCAAGACUGAUCACCAUCUAAACUUAAUAAAACUGCAAGAUCAAAGGGAGGAAGUGGAACUUUAUUGAUGUAUUAUGGUUGAACUGUGAAAGUGCACUUAAUAUUCAGAAUGUCUCUUAGUUUUUUUUUUGUUUCAUAGGUCUUCCCUAGUCCAUUCAUAUUUGCAGCAAUGCUUUCAAAGGUACAGAGCAACUCUAGUCUCAAUUUCGUUUCAAGGAAUCUGUAUUUAUUGAGGAAGUGCGUUGUUCGUAAUGCCGCUUGAACAAGCUGUGCUGCUCUUUUAUGGCCAGUGUUCUGCAUUUCGCUUCUUUCGCAUAGAAUUGAUCUGUUUGCUAAAAUUAAUCUACGCUCACGGUGCACUCCUGACAAAAACACGUAGUGUUAAGUGUCGAAAGAGAGAUCCAACCUUCCCAUAAAACUCACUCAAUGGUUUUCUACAAGUGUUUUGUUUUUUGUUAUCCAUCUUGUUUUAAUUCAAAACUCACAGACUUUUAGUCGGUGAAUGCUAAUUGACAGUGCCCCGUGAAGAAACCGUUUCUGUUUUCGUUGCUUUUUUUUUCUUUCUUGCUCUGCACGGUGUCUGGUCCUAUACUGUUGGAUGAAAAUGAGGGGAAAUUGGCACAAAUUGUACCACUGUCUUGUCGUGCCAAACAUUUAUGCUGAGAAUUGCCGCUCCGGUUUGUACAUGCAUAGCUGGAAACCCACUUUUAGCAAUGCCCUCUACAUUUUUUUUUUUGUUUUUUUCCAUUUUCCCUCUUGCAUAUUAAAUGUGACUGUGGUUUGUUCCACUGCUGAUGGCGCUAACAUAAAAGGGGGAAACAACAGAACUUGAUAUUGAGAAUGACAACAUUUGAUUGUUUCAAGUUAUUCUUAAAUAAAUUCAAAACUGAAAAAACAAA